AAGGAGCAACGUUAUCCACAAACGCUUACGAAUCUGCCAAGAACGUAAGAACCAAAACAGAGAAGCUGUUACUACACAAACACAACGCCUGGCUUUGAUACCAUUAACGUUACUGGCGACGAUGAACUCCACAUCCCAGUUCCAAUCUCCAUUCCUUUCCCUUGCCAGCCCCUAUUCACUCCCUAAACACACCAAUCAGCCAUGGAAUUCCCCGACACUGCUCUCGCCUUCACGGCCGAGGAAGGACAACGACGGCUGGAACGUGAGAACCACUACAACUACUACUCCGACACGAGCCAUGUCCAGUUCUUCCCUCGACUACCUCGUCCUCGGAGUUGCCACGGCGAAACGCGGGGACAUAGCUGUGUUGUUACCCACGGGAGGUUUGCUUCUGUUCUUUUACGUGAUAUCCAACUUCGUCUUCCCGCAUUUCUUGAUGAAGUACUAUGAGUCGGAAGCAGCCAAGGACGAAGACAAUGCCACUAUCAAGACUUCUUCCGAUGACGACUGAAAUCUCCUUUCUGCCCUUGGUCGCAGUCAGCAGAUGUAGCAGGAAGAUUACUCAAAACAGGAAAAUCUCGGAUUCUCAAUUGUAUUUUCUCUCUUCUUUGCCUAAAUUUGUAUUAUAACACAUUUCGUGCAAGUAACAGGGUUCUGCUGAUAUUCUGCCUAAACCCCGGGGGCAAAAACAGGUCGAACGAGUGUGUGGAUUUACAGAUGAACAAGAUUUUAAACCAAAAAAACAGGGGGACAGAAGGCAUGGAUUCCUUCAUUACCUUGGGGGGAUUUGAAAGAGAUGGAAAAUUCAAAACUAAUUACAAUUGGCUGUGUAGGAUGAUUCCCCUCUGUAGCCUUUCAAACGAGUGUCCAGUCACUAUCUUCUGCUGAAGGGGUUUUUUCACCAGGAGAUGCGCUCCCUGGUUUGGGAGGCUUGUUUUUCGAGAACAAGGAUGACUUGCCCUCGAAGAAAUUAGAGAAUUGCUGUUUCAUGGGGCUCUCCUCUGAACUGCUCUCGGAUCUUGGGGACGGCUUUCUCGGGUUCCUGUCCUUAAUGCCGAAGUUCAGACCCAAUUUUAGGAAGCUAAUGCGCUUGGUUUCAGAUCCAGGUGUUCUGGCCUCAUCAGCCUGCUUCAUUGCCUUAACAACUUCAUCCGGGUUCACUAUCAUUGCCUCCAUUGUUUCAUACACCUGCAUUUGUAAACCAUAGUUCAUUAAUCAAUUGAUCUCUGGCCAUGCACUGGCAGUAAGUUGAUCCAAGCAAACAACUCAGGGAGGGCAAUACUCCUGCAAAGUAUAAUUUCUCAGUGGGAGCUCUAGAAUUUCCAGUUGAUUCAACCGAUUUGAUUGAAAAGAUCAUUAUUAGGUUAACUGG